GAAUUUUUGUUCAUCUCUGAUAUAUAUAUAUGCCCAUGACGUUAGUGUUGAGUGUUACAUGACUUCGUGACGUUCAGUCCUUCAAUUAAGAUGCUAUCUAUCUGACAUCGACGCGGGAGGACAACUGGCAAUGGAAGAUAAUGUCACAAAGCAGGCGGACGAAAUUGAGGCGCUGGCAUCAAUAUAUGGAGAUGACUGGAAAGUGGAAGACGAAGUGAAUCGAUCGUACAGCAUCAGCUUAAAGGAAUGUGGUCAAGAGAUCACGUUAUAUUUCAUAUUGCCACCCGAAUACCCAUCAACAGCACCUCCGAAGUAUCAGCUGUCAGCACCGGGACUAAAACCCGAAGAAAAAAAUGUGAUUAUUUCCGCCCUUGAUGAACUAAGUAUAUUACAGUGUGGACAAACAGUGAUAUAUGAAUGGGUUGAAAAAGUAAGGGAGUUGGUUCAAGAUUUUUUGCCAUUAGAUAAGGGUACUGAAGAUUUUGGCAUUGACAGUGCUGCAUUCUCAUCAGUCACCUGUGAACAGCAGGAAUAUGAAUUUGAACUACCACAAAUAACACAUGGAGAGACAAUCACUGAUCGAAAAAGUGUCUUUCAAGGCCAUGCUGCACCAGUGUUCUAUGCAGAACAAGUCAAGGCAAUUUUACAAAAGCUAUAUGAAAAUAAGAAAAUAGCUAAUGCAACUCACAACAUGUAUGCCUAUCGAAUUUUCAAAGAUGAUACAAAAUCGUUUCUGCAGGAUUGCGAGGAUGAUGGUGAAACACAUGCUGGAGGAAGGCUGCUUCAUCUAUUGCAGAUUCUAGACAUGAAAAAUGUGCUGGUGGUAGUAACUCGUUGGUAUGGUGGUGUACAUCUGGGACCAGACAGAUUUCGACAUAUUAACAAUGCUGCUCGGCAAGUAUUGGAGCAAGGUGGAUUUGUACAAAAAAGUGAUACAAACCAACACAGAAAAAAGAAGAAAUGACGUUCUGCUGUUCCAGGAAUAAUUUGGUACUUAUGAAUGUAAAUAAACAAUUUUGUUGAACAUUAAUCGCCUUUUUCUACUCAUAUUAACUAGUUGUGAAGCUUCAACAAUACUUACAUGAAUUGUUGGGAAUGGAAAUGACAGUUUGAGGUUUCUGCAGAGUAGCCGUUAAAUGUAUACUCUCUUCUUCCUACUUUUUACCAUGUAACUACACUUUUAAUUGUGUGCAAACGUAAACCAUUCAGCAUUUUGCAACCUGUCUAAGUCAGUGGCUUCCUCUUUUCUUUUUCUCUGCAAUACUGCAGAUAUUGCAACAGUUCAGUUACUGUACUUCAUGUAUGUAUGAGUAAAAUGUAAUUGUUUCUUCAUUUUCCUAUUGUUGUACUUAGCUGCAUCCAAUAUGGUAAGGAUGGGUUGCAAAUAUUGUGGUGCCUGUGGUAGCACGUGUACACAGAAAGAGUAUCAGCAACUUUUGGUUGUUUAUAUGAAAUACUAUUUUUACAAUUGUUUAAUUAUACAAUGAUAUAAUUUUUGUAUGGUUAAAGUUCAGCAGAAUCACCUGAACUUACUGAAUUUACAGCUUUCUCAUCCAUUCAGCGGUCUUUGGUACAGAUCUGAAUAAUAAAUUAUGCGACUUGACUUCACUGUGACCCGGUA